AUGGCAACCCGCAGACCAGGUAUAACAAAAACCCAAGCCUUGCGUCAAGCAAAAUCAGCAGCUUUAGUUAAACAAUAUGAGGAAAGGCAAACGAAAGAAACUAUUGGCAAACCCAGAGUGGAUUUACCAAAGGGAAGAAAAAAACCGGUUCACGAGCCGAAAAAAAUUGAUUUCAGUAAGCCAGCUUUGACGAAAACGAUGUUAGCACGAGUGAAACAUGCGGAAAAAAUAAAGCAAGAUUAUGAACGUAAGAUGCAACAACAUUCAGCGCAAGUGGGUCGUGGGCCUAGACGAACCCCAGCACCGAUUGGUGGUGAUGCUAGGUUUGUAAGAAAGAUAUUUCAAUAUUAA